AUGGAAGCCGGCCGUGCCCACGGCACAGCACUUGGCAGCUAUGGGGAGGCGGAUCAGCUGCAGGAAAGGCCUUUAAAGCAAGUGUACGUGGUGGCUGUUGCAGACAAAGAAAUUCCUUCCACUCCUUCCUUAUACAAAAAAUGUUAUGUCCAGCACGACCAAAGAAACCACACCGCAGAACCUGUAAUAGAUGAUUAUAAAAAGAUGGGGACUCUCUUCGGCGAAUUAAACAAAAGCCUCAUCAGAAUAGGCUUCACAAGGAUGUAUUUUGGAGAACGGAUAGUAGAACCUGUAAUAAUCAUGUUCUUUUGGGUUAUGCUCUGGUUUCUUGGCUUACAAGCUCUUGGACUAGUUGCAGUUCUGUGCCUUGUCAUUAUUUAUGUGCAACAGUAACAUUUUAUAGAUGCCUGUUGGAGUAGGUAUUGCAAUGCUGUCACGAUUUCAGUGGAUUUAUAUAUUUUACUUAAAUGGGUGCUUCGAAUGCUUCAAAUUGUAUCUUGCUGAAUUUUCAAGGUUUGGGGUGAGGGGGACUAAAAUUAUGCAUUUUAGACAAAGUCAGCAGGCCUACUACAUCUUUGAAGGGCAAAAAAAAAUGUUUGUAACAGCGUUGUCCAAAUAAUGUGCUGUUUGCUGCACCCUUGGGGCCUUAGUCCAAGGACUGUCUUUUUAUGUGUUUCCAUCCCUGAAUGCUCUCGUUUUGUACAGUGAAAAUAUCUUGUCUAGUUUGAAGAGGACACUUGAUGGGAGUAUACUUGCUUAUUGCUGGGGCUUUUUGUGUGCUGUUUGUUAUCUGAAUCUGCAUAAAUUGCUAGUUCAUUGCUGAAAAGCUACAUCUAGGAAGGUUUGCUAACAAAACUGCAGUGACAAAUGCCUCAUAAGGUGGAUGCAGUUUCCCAGCUUGAAAGCAACUUUGAUUAGUGUAGUUUAUAGCAAGCUUUUCCCCCAGGGAAGAAGCUAUGCCAGAAAAGUGCUUUUUUACUGAUAUUAGUGACUUCACACAAGGCUUCUGUUGUUGUUUAGGGCUAGGGAGGAAUCACAGCCCCAGCCUGUGCUGGCUGAAUGGUCAAACGUAGGUCUGCCUUGUUUAUGAAUGUGUACUUGACUCCUGCUGCUAUUUAUUUUUUCUUGCUAUUCCUUCCCCCUCCUUCUGAAGAUAAAUAUUUGGAUAAUUCAUGGACUUGGUAGAUGGACACAGCUGCAAUGUUUGGCAUUUGCCAUUCCAGACAGUAUGCUUGAAUAUUGUCUGCUUCCUCUGCAGUCUUCUGUGCAAGCAUGAAGUGUCUCAACAACUAGGUAGGUUACAGGCCAGAUCUGUUAAUGCUCUCCUGACUUACUGCGGUGUGGACCCAAAACUAGGUAGAAGCUGUGCUUAUAUAAGCAAAUCAGGCCUGUAUCCUGUUGUAAGACAAGAAUGUUGUUGAAAUCAAGUGGAUAUUUAGUAGUAUUACUUGAUUCAUAUCCAAAUCGGGUAUCAAAAAAGCAUAUCUGGAGGUACAUCUUAUGGGCAAAAUAGGUCAGAGAAUAGUAUAUUCAAGAGGAGGUGCAAAAUAUACUCUGAAUGCCUCAGAGCCACUCCAAGGAAGUGCUGCAUAUUUCAGAAUGAGUUGAAAGCUUUCAAUUAAAGGAAAACAGUAUAAUGAGACAGAAUCUUUACUAAAUAGGCCAAUUUAAUAUUUGCUGUACAUUACUUCUAGUAAUACUUCAUUACAAAUUUGACUUUAUCUACUGUAGAAUUAAAUUACACAUUUGUUUAAAGAGAUGUAUUAUAAGAUGUGAAAUUUACAGAUAAUUACUUAAGCUUUUGCAGCGAUUUAAAAAAAAAAAAACAAAAACUUUUAUAUCUGCAGUGCUUAACUACUUAAGAGUUUUUAGUUGAAAACAUUGAAUCUUAUCCAAUGACCUUGGAAGUCAAGGGAAGCUUUUUGUCCCAGUCCUGCAACUGGUUCCUCAAGGCAGAUCUUAUACCCACACGCAUCUUGUUGGUUGCUAGGCUCUAUUUUGAGGACCUUUGGCCCCAGUCCUUAGUCUUAGUCCUUAGUCCCCUUAGUCUUUCCUGUCAGUGAAAUAAUUGCUAUUCAGGGCAGUUAACACAAAAGUCCAGCUCCUUUUAAAGUCUUUAUGUGCCUAAAUUCGAUCUAUAGAAAGUAUUUUCAGCCUUUGUAAUGAAUGGUAGGUGGAUACAUAGUUACCUUCUGAGAAGCUGAAUCUCCUGUCCAAACCUUCAGAUGCUUUCCAUGAUGUUGGCUGUACAUCGGAGACGCGCUGCUUCAUCAGCAGGACAGCAUGGAUUGGAACUGAGGCCUAGGUGUGCCUCUAGGUUGCAACCUGUGUUGACUGGCACCUAAUUAAAUAGUUCUGCAGAAAACGUGGAAGUGCUUGAAAACAGGAAGUAUUCCUAGAUGCGAGGUUUUGUUACUCUCAGCUGGAAGGGCAAAAGCAAAGACCACGUACACACCGAACUUGGGGGCAGGGGAUCUGUAUUCACAAGUGCCUAAGGGUAAACUGUUUUUGUUUCAAAUCCCUUAAAAAAUAGAACCUCUGUUAUAUUUCUGCAUAUUCAUAUAUAUAUAUAUAUAUAUAUAUAUAAAAUGGUUUUAUGUGUAUUCUUCCCCUGUAUAAGGGCUGUACUGCAAAAGCAUUUUGUCAUUUUGGAAAAAAAAAACUUCCUUUCUUCCCACAACCAAGUUACUGUUCAGAGGAUCUCAUCCAGUUCCUUUUGUCUUGUAGGAAAAAGUGUCUAUGUGAUAUCUUGCUGCAGUAACACUGUUGUUUAAAGACACUGUAUUGUGACAAGGCACGUAGUAUUGAAGUGGUGGUGAUUUUGCUCUGUACACAGGGAACUGGGGAACAAUGAACCAACCAAGGCUGCGGCUGGCUAAUUGGUCAAGGAAACUAUUUAUGUGCAUGUAGUCUUUUAUUAUGUGCAUAACUGAUUAUUUCACUCAUGAACAGUUCAUUUCAGUUAUUCUUUUCAUGCUCAUGUCUGUAAACAUGUGAUGUAUAGAUCUAGCUUUUGGACUGGGAUUGUGUAUAAUGAAGUUUUAAUGGUUUCUCUUAAAGGUAACUAUAGCUUUUUUUUGUUUAAGCUGAAAAAAUAGCCCUCUUAAUGGAAAUAGCUUGACUGAAAAAGAAAAAAAAAUCUGUCACAUGGAAGACACCCCUCAAGUUCAGGUAUCCACCUGUUUUGUUUCAUACAUUCCACUAUAUAGAAGAAUUUGCAUAGAAUCAUCUGCCAUAAUUUUUGUGCUGUUGCUAUACUUCUAUUUCCCUCUCCUUUGCAGGAGAGGAAAGAGGAGUUAAGGGAAAAAGGAGACUGGGAUAGAAUCAGACUCGGAGAGUUGAAAAUGGAAUGCAGUGAAAUGGUGCAUAUAUGUAUCAAAAGAAAUCUGAUUGUACAUGUGUAUCACAAAUGAGGAAAAAUGAGUGAACAGUCCUUGCAUUGUCUUCUUCCUUCCAUCCAAACUUAGUUCCAAGGCAGAGGAAGCACCAAGCAUUCAAAGAAUGUCCCUAGCUCAAAAUUGGAAGGUUAAUUUAAAAAAAAAAAGGGGGGGGAGGGGGGGAGAGAGAAUUUCCCUUUUAUCUAUGUAGUGAAAAUUGACAAUGUUGUUUAUAUUGGUAUAUAUGAUUAUUGUUAAAACUGAAAGCACCUUUAUGAAUUUUUGUGUAGAACUGUAUGAAGGAAUUAUGUCCCCUAAACCUGCAUUAAACAAUAAACAAUGUAAUUCCUGUCAAUCAAUGCAACAUAUUAAAAGCUUUUUACAUAACCUUUAUAUUUUAAAGGAUGGACUUUUAAGUACUGUUUCUCACCUGUCAAAUGCAUAGAUGUUUGAACUACUGUGUACAGAGAAGAAACUCUACACAUAGGAGAAUCUUAGAGAGCCCUGUUUGCACUGAAGAAUCAUCACAUUGAAGUUGUCCAUUUAAAAAAAAAUCAUGUUUCCUAAAAACGCUGUAUUAAAUGAAUCCUAUAUAAAGCACUUUGAUAUUCUUUCUAAUAAAAACUAUUGUCAUCAAUGAGAA